ACAUAGACUAAAAGUUUGAAUAUUGAUUAUGAUUAAACAUUCCACCUCGACGUUUUUGAACCAUUUUGAUCCUCAAUACAGGAAGGAAAUAUCCGACCUGUUGGUUGUAUCUCUUUCAUACUUGCAGGACAAUGAGAAUGAGUGCUUGGUUAGUUUCCAUAAUAUUUUGAAUGAGAAUGUCACUAUUAAUCCCAGUGCCGAUGAAGAGAGGGAUAAUAAUGAGGUUGCUCAAACAAACACAGGUGGGUGGUUCAGUAACAUGUUUAGUGGAUCAGCUGAAGCUGAACUGAAACCACUUCACCAAGGAACGUCCACGUCGAAGCAACUUUUCCUUGGAUAUAUUCAAUUGGUAGGGUAUGUUGUUUGUAAUUACAAGUUUGACUUGAAUGACGGCAAUACCAUUGACAUGGGAAAUACUACAAUUGGAUGGUGGAAUGACAAGGACUAUGUCUCUAUGUACAAUAAUGAUGAUACAGAACCAGGACAAGAAGAACUUGAAGACGGAAUGACCACUGAGAAUAUUUUAGAUCAAGUACCAUUCAUUGCCCUGAGUAUUAAGGAUAGAAUGAUUGUUGGAGGGAAAAUUGGAGGGUUGAACGAUUUGGUAGUCUCCACAGGAGAUGCACGUGAAGAAUUGAUGAUUGAUAAUUCUAAACGAUACUUUCUUCAUGAUUUGGUGUAUGGAUUCAAUUCUCUUCAAGCUCCAAACCAGCUGAAUUUUCAAGAGAAUGGUGAGAUCAAGAAUCAGUUAUCUAUUAGCGAGAUCACAGAGUCGAUCCUUCCAUUUUAUUCCACAUCUCAAUCACUUCUUUUUUCUGAUUUAACCUUGAAAGGAGGUGAAACGAAAACUUUCCAUAUAAAAUUCCCCAAACUAAAUGACGUACCACCUUCAUAUAACGUGAGACUGACUGGCUUAGUUGCAGACCAGGGACUUGUCAGUAUCAGAUAUCUGCUUGUAGUUGGGACUCUGGAUAUUCAGGAUGGAGGGAAUAUUCAAUCUUCUACAGUAUAUUUCCCAUACGAAAAGACCCAAACUUAUGUUGGAAAUGAAGAAUAUUUACAACCUGACUAUUUACAAAGAGUUGUGGUGGACCAUAAAUGGAAUACUGUGAUUGUUAAUUCAGGAGAAGAUUUGGAAAAUAUUGAAACUAAUGAAAAUCAAGAAGAGCAAGCUUCAGUAGAUAGAUCCUCAUUUCUAGAUGAUUUACAGCAGUUGGUCGAGUCUGAUUUAUAUACCAUGCCUAAGAUAUCAACCAAAGAGAGACGAAGAAGUAGUCUUAGUAUUACUACACAUGAAAAUAACACCAAUGGUAACCACCAUGUUAGAGAUGAUGGACUAAUUGCACAAUUACCAAAAAAUCAAAAAACUCAAUAUCAAAUUAGACUAAAUAAUCAUCCUCUUUGUACAUUGAGUGUCUCGAAACCAUUUUAUCAUAUUGGAGAAGAUAUUAGUUUUGUGAUAGAUAUGAAUAACGAAGACCUCUCCAGUUCAAUUAGAAUUGCGGGAGUGAUCAUUCAUUUGGAGGCGUUAGAAAAAUUUCCUUAUAUGACUAAAAAUUUGCAAGACAAGGCUUUUAAUAAUAUAUACAAAGUUGGUCCUAGCAUGAAAUUAAAUGCAUUUGCACCUGCAAUUUUCAAUCAAGAAAAUACGCAGAUUAGCGGGUUUGUCAACAUUCCGCAACAUUUAACUCCACAAUUCCAAAGUUCUCGAUUAAUGGAUCUUCUGUACUUCUUGGUGUUUAAAUUCCAUCUCAAUGAAUUUGAAACUUCCGUAGUUGAAGAUGGAACUAAUGGGGAAGAAGAAGAACUUAAUCCCCAGGAAAGUGCUCAACCACUCGUGAGUAAUAAUUCACAUGGACAGUCGAAGGGAGUUGAUGAUGUUGCACCGUUUGAAAAGUUUCGUAAAUACCAGGUGGACAACAACGGUAGAGAAUUUACAUUUAGGCUUCCUGUGGUAAUAGUAUAGAAUUUAAAAGUUGCACAUUAUAAUAAUACAUCACAGCAAUUUACAUGUGGUAGAAACCCAAUAAACUUUAGCAUAAU